AUGUGGAAGACUCUUUGUCUCGUCUUGUCAGUCGUAUGGGUUUCUAUGGGUAAUGCUGGAGGUCGUCCAAACCCGCCCAAAAUUGGCACUCCUCGUCCGCUGUCAUCCACAGCUGUUAAUGAGUCUAACCCAGCAACAACACAAAGUGCCAGAGUCUCCCGGAGCUUCUGUGAAAAUGUCUUCAAUGAGUGUCGACACAUGAAUGACUCCUGGACUAGGUGUUAUGAUGACAAAAUUCGAGUCUGUAGACGCGGACGACAACUUUUGCCAAACUUCAUUUGGAAGAAUGUGAACUUAUCUGAAGAGGCUGACGAGGGUCCUACCUCUGAGCACAGGGUUCACAUCCCAUCCUCAGUUCUCCAGAGAUGCAGUGAAGGUGCGGAUCAGGGGGAGGUACAGUUAGUGAUCACUGUGCUCGACAGCAGUUACUUCAAGCUGACUCCCCCACCGCCACCAGGAAGGGGGAGAACCAUAAGAUUUGGCCCUGUGCAUAUGAAAGGUGAAAUUAUGGGGGGUACAGUGCUGGUAGUGAAGGCAGGGUCCCGUCCUGUCAGCAACCUCUCACAACCCAUCAUAUUAACCUUCAAACACAACAAGAUGAAAAAUGGGACUUGUGUGUUUUGGCAAGAGUCAGAUGAAGUUGAUGGAACAGGUCACUGGAGCACAGACGGCAUUCUUACCAGUGUCAAUGGAACUCAUUUUAAGUGUAGUUGUGACCAUCUGAGCUUUUUUGCUGUGCUUGUGAACCCGGAAAUAUCAGUGGAUAAAAUAAAUGCUGAGAACCUUAGUUAUAUCACCUACGUUGGAUCAGCCCUCUCUGUCUUCUUCACAGCCAUCAGCUUGAUCAUCUACAUAUGUCUGCAACGGCGCCGUCCAGAGAAGGCCAUCAGUGUGCAUAUGCAACUAACAGGUGCACUGCUCUGCCUGCACCUCAGUUUCCUGCUGUGCAGCUUUUGGGCGAACCUGCUGGAAGUGACAGAGGAGGACUGGGUUUGCAAAGCUCUGGGUUUCUUCUUACACUGGUCCCUGCUGUCCACCAUCAGCUGGAUGGCUCUGGAGGGAUUCCACCUCUACCUUCUCCUUGUCCGAGUCUUUAACAUCUAUGUCAGGAGAUACGUGCUCAAACUCAGCUUGGUGGGAUGGGGUGUUCCUACAUUGAUCGCAGUGGCGUGUUGGAUUUCAGGUGUUUAUGGGAAAUACAUUCUGAGGGCUGCAGAUGACUUCAAUUCAACAAUGCCAAUGUGCGGAAUGAGCAGCAAAUUCCCACAGAGACUUUUGGUCAGCUACCUCACUACAAUGGCCUUUCCAUGUGUGGUGAUACUAUAUAACACCUGCAUGCUGGGACUGGUGGUUUUUAAGCUGUGGAGGCUGAGGGCAGGCGAUAGUGUCUGGAAUAAGAUGAACAGAGAGAAAGGGAGCAGACUGUGGAAGGAUUGUGCCACAGUGUUGGGCCUCAGCUUUGUGCUGGGGUUACCUUGGGGCUUAGCCAGCACCACCUACAUCUCCCUCCCUGGGUUAUACAUCUUCACUAUACUCAACUCCCUACAGGGUGUAUUUGUGUUCCUGUGGUCCAUGGCUUUGACUUGCAAGUCUCGAUCUGAUUAUAAUUCCUCAGUCAAAGACUUUUCCUCCUCUCAGAAAAUGAUGACUACUAGUUUCAAUAGCUGAAACAGCUGUAAACACUUGCAUUGUAAAUAUAUUAUUCAUGACCUAUAUUAGGUCUUUGCUGGAUUCCAGUUUUAUGCAGUCGAAUGAUAACUAAAUAUAAUUUAAUUUGCUGAU